GAGAGGAUGGCGUCUUACCGGGAGGACCGUCUCCUGGCUGACGACUUCCUCGGAGUCCCUGCCCUGGCGAUCAUCGAUGGAGAUGAAGGUAACCCUUUUCCUUUUGGUGAGGUUCUUGUUCGUGAUGGGGUCCCCCAAUUCUCUGAUAGUGAGGAAUCUGAUCUUGAUGUUGAGGAGUAUGAUGAGGUGACUGAUAGUUCAGAGUGGACAUUUAGUAAUGAAAGUCUUUCUGAGGACUCUGGGUACAGCAGCGUGUACUCUGAGGAAGACGAUGACCAUAUUCCACCUGAGUUUCCUCCUCAUCCUCCUCAACAUCACAUCACACCCCCAGAGGGAGACCUUCCUGACCGGCCACAGUUUGUGGUUUGUUUAGGAAGGAUCUCUCCAUUUGGCCUCUGGGAUCUUCAGGAGAGCUUUGCAGAGGACUCUGAUUCCUCAGCUUCCGUCCCUAGCUCCUCCCAAAAGAGGAGCAGGGAGGACAGCGACGGGGAUCGGUCCUCUGCAAAGAGGCCGAGGGAGAGCUGUGAGGAGAGCCCUGGAGAGGAGCAGUCCUUUCCAGACUCGACUCCCUCAACCUCUGGCUUCAGCUCCCCCUUGAAGAGCAGGUGUGGCAUCAUUGACCUCACUGUGAAGAGACCGAGGUGGGACGAUGACAGCGACUCUGACUAAACUUGUCAACUCCUUUAUGCUGCAGGAUCUGACAACUUUAGAUCGGACAACUUUAGAUCGGACAACUUUAGUUGCAUAAACCACCAGUCAUGAACUUCAGCAACAGGAAGGGGCUGAAUGUUGCUUCUCCAGAUGGGACUGUUUUCCAUCUGGAGAUCAUUUUUUCUUCAUUUGUAUACAUGUAUAUUUC